AUGUGUGCAAACAACGGCCGUUUUUCUGUUUUUUUCUGCUUUGUCGUUGGAAGAAAGUUGAGGCAAGAAAUCCAGCAGUCACGUGGUGCUCUUGCUUCCGAGGAUUCCAAAGGAUUCCCAAAGGGGCAUCUUUGGACGUCACUUGUGCCGUUUGUACCUUUUUUGUAUGAGCAAGUGAAUAUGCAGCGAGAUGCACAGCGACACAGAGGACGAGAUGCACAGCCAAGCGGGAUCCAGGGCAGCGGCUAUAUUCUCCCUACACUGACCACUGAGAGAGACAGGCGAACGGCCGAGUUGCACGCAGAAGAGCGCUCUGAAACGCGGGGGAUAUACGCCUGGGAUACUUCUGCUGGCGGUACCCCGUAUUUGCUGGAGGCCGAAAGAGGUAUCCGAGUACGCCACCAGGGUUGA